AUAUCUUUCUUUUCUUAACAAACCAUAGAAAAUGAAAGCUGUUUACUUGGCGGCACUUGUGGCAUCAGCCAAUGCGUUUCAAUGGCAAAACCCAUUCUCAAACAACCCAGCAAUUGAUACCUUCAAGCAAGAACUUGGAAUUGACUCCUUUUUAAGUGAGAACAAUGUUCUUACCAGUAAGGAUGAGUCAGUCCAUGUUCCUGAAUUGAUGGAAGCAUGGAAAGACCUUUUGAACGAAUUUGGAGCCGAUGCUUUAAAGAAGAAGAUUGACCAUUACAAACAAGACUCGUACCCGGGAACUUUUAGCGAAAAGGUUUCCCAACCAAAGAAACAAUCAACAUUUGGCUCUAAGGAAAAAUCCGAUGCUUACGAAGUUGUUGAGCAUAAAGAGUUCUCGAACUACCAACUUAGAAUAAAAGAAAGUAACCCAGAAGCACUUCAAUUGGAUUGGGUACGUCAAUACACCGGUUAUUUGGAUCUUUGGGAUGAAGAUAGGCAUUUCUUCUACUGGUUCUUUGAAUCGAGAAAUGACCCUAAGACUGACCCAAUCAUCUUGUGGUUAAACGGUGGUCCUGGUUGUUCUUCUUCCACCGGUUUGUUUUUCGAAUUGGGCCCUUCAUCUAUUAAUGCUGACAUUUUACCAGAGUUCAACCCAUAUUCAUGGAAUUCUAAUGCUUCUGUCAUUUUCUUGGACCAACCUGCUGGUGUAGGUUACUCAUAUGUUGGGGAGGCCGGUACUAGAGUGGGAACUUCCGAAGCUGCCGGUAAGGAUGUAUAUGCCUUUUUGGAAUUGUUUUUCUCCAAGUUCCCACAAUUUAGAGAAAACAAGUUCCAUAUUGCUGGUGAAUCGUAUGGGGGCCAUUAUAUCCCAGCUUUUGCACAUGAGAUUAUCAGUCACGAAGAUAGAACCUUUGAAUUGAGCUCAGUGUUGAUUGGUAAUGGUAUUACAGACCCACUUGUUCAAGCUGGUUCAUACAAGCCUAUGGCUUGUGGUGAAGGUGGAUAUAAACAAGUUAUUUCAGAUGAAGAAUGUGCUGGUAUGGAUACUACGUAUAACAGGUGUGUUCCAAUGAUUAAAGCCUGUUACAACACGAAGUCUGCAUUCACUUGUGUACCUGCAUCGUUAUAUUGUGGAAGGCUUGUGCAACCAUACCAAAAGACUGGACUCAAUUGGUACGAUAUCCGUAAGCCAUGUGAGGGUACAUUAUGUUACCCAGAAAUUUCUCGUGUAGAUGAAUUUUUGAACUCGGAAUGGGUUAAGAACGUAUUGGAUGUGGAUCCUGCUGUGAAACUGUUCCAAUCAUGUAGUAAUGAGGCUGGUAUACCAUUCUACUUGUCCGGGGACGGUCAAUUUCCAUCGCAAGAACUUGUUGCUGACUUGCUUGAACACAAUAUCCCUGUUCUUCUUUACUCUGGUGACAAGGAUUACAUUUGUAAUUGGUUAGGUAACCAUAUGUGGUCCGACAAGUUGGAGUACAGCGGACAAUACGAAUUCCAAAGAGCUACCUUUAAGCCAUUUGUCACUGAAAAGAAUGUCAAGGCCGGUGAAGUUAAGAAUUAUGAUAUUUUUACAUUCUUGCGUGUCUAUGAUGCUGGUCACAUGGUUCCAUAUGACAAGCCCGAAGUUAGUCUUGAUUUCUUAAACAAAUGGUUAGCCGGGGACUUUUCCUUGGGAACUGAAAAGAGCAAGAAAAAGGUUGAUUAAAGAAAAAAGGAAGAGGGUUAAGCGUAUUGAGCGUUCUAGUUUAGUGUCUACUGUUUUGUAGAGAAGGCAUUUAUUACUUCUGAGUAUACCUCCUUCUUAUAUUACAAUUUUAUAAUUUUAUAUGAUGUUAUUAUUUC